AAGAUUCUGUUCAGUUUAAUUCACUAUACAGAUCUCCUUGCAGCAGUGAAUUCGGCAGAAAUUGUGUCAGUUCCAUGUUGCUGCUGGUUAGUGAAGCUCUUCCCAGCAGCAAGGUGGCGCUGGAUAUAUUCGCAGUGCAGAGGAUGCCCCAAUAAAACAAGUCCAUGAGAGAGAUUUGGGUGCAGUUUGUCAUCUCCUUCCUCUUCCCCUAACUGGCUCCACCAGGCAUCAUGAGGUUUCUUAGUGACUUUCUCACACCUUUUGAUGCCUCCAAAGAAGAAAUGCAUCCGCCAGGCCCGCAAGGCACAACUGCAGUUCCUUGAAACUCCAAGAGAGGGGCCUACACAUCACUAUGGAUCUCCACUGCCUUUGGCUGAGAACCCAAGACAUGUUUCUACCAAACCUCUAGACCAGAAUGCCUCCAUCUCAUGGGUGUCUCCACAGUUUGAAAGCACUGUGUCAACAGGCUUCAAGAGAUGUCAGAGGCAGCGCCAUGUUGCCCACAGCUUCCAGAGCCGGGAUGAUAGUCGUGGUUUCCUCCAUGUGGGAGGAGUGUGUCGGAAACAAACAGUCUGCAAAUUUCCUCCUUUAAUGUUUGAGGCUCCACAGGCACACCCCUAUGCUUCAGCAACAGAGUACUCAGACUCUUGUGGUAACCCAGGUAACUGUGCAAAGACAUGCCAUAUCCAGCCAAAGAGGGGUGCUGCAGCAAAGCCCAGUACCUCAGUGGGCAAGCCUAAGAGCUGUAGAAAAGGGGCCUCUUGGUUUCCUAACCAGGAUGCUGAGCCAGAUGUCUUCAGUCCACCAGAUCUACGGACUCCAGAGCUGCCCUCUAUGAGAAGCUAUGGAUGCAGUGGUACUUUGCCACAGAUGAACACCCUCUCUCCGAAUCCACAUAGUGUUUUUGAUCUCUGUGCUGAUACCACUGAGAGCCUUGAACCAACAUCUGUACUGGUCAAGGAUACCCCAGAGCAUGAGUACGGAGUGAAGGUAACAUGGAGAAAACGGUCUCACCUGAUGAGAUACCUGAGGGAGAAGGGGAUGCUGAGCCCAAGUGACAUCCUAGUGAAGACUGUAAGUGCUGAUCCCAGUCAGUGCUGAUCCCUUUGUAAAAGGACACGCUGCCUUUGACUUGAGGGGCACAGUAACUGAAAUCCCUCUUUGCUGGCUCCAAAAGCAAUGGCCAUUGCUAAGCCUAGUUGGGAGAUCAGUGACAGGCUAAAGAGAAGAACCAGGACUUAUAGUGUAAGCUAAGACUGCUUGGUGCUGCAGAGAGAUGCUCCUCUCUCUCCCCCCCACCCCCCCCCCGAGUGCUGUCUAGCCUGGCGGAAAAUCAGUCUGCACUGGAUGGUGAUGGGCGGGGGCGGGGCUGAGAGGUUCUAUACCGACCCCGGGACGUGGCCCUCCCACGUGGCCCGCUCUCCCCCGCGCCUGGGCCCCGCUCUCUUUGUAGGGCGGGGAUGCGCUUUCCGCACCCUGCUCCAGCCCGGGUGCGCGAGCGGCCCACGCUGGCGUCUCCGUGUCCGGCCCUGUUAGCCCCUCCCCGCCUCGUCGGAGCCUCCGCGGCACAGCCGCCCCCGGCACGAGCCAAGGGGGUGGGCCCACAGCCACCUUGCAACAGGCACGCGCGGGUUCUGCCCCACCCCUUCCAGGCACCAGCC